AUGGGCACAAGGGACCACGCAAUCUCCAAAGCAGCAGAGGCUAGCAGCAACCCGGCUACACUCUUUGCCAACAGUGAAGCAGGCCACCCCUCUUCCGAGGCGGGUGUAGCAAGGCCUACGCCAGGACUGGCGAAGAAUCUCACUUGGGUGUCUAUGCUUGCUGCCUGCGUUUCGCUGAUGGCGACGUGGGAAGCGUUUUGCAGCACCAUGGCAGCCGGACUUAUAAGUGGUGGACCAGUUUCACUGGUACAUGGCUUUAUAUUGGCAUUUUUCGGGACCAUUGCCACUGCUCUUUCACUCUCCGAAGCGGCGUCGAUGAUUCCGUCCGCAGGUGGACAAUAUCAUUUCGUGGCCGAACUCUCUCCUCGGUCGAUCUCGCGACCCCUAAGUUGGGGUACAGGCUGGCUUACAAUGUUCGGAUGGCAAUCCGUUGCUGCAAGCGCCCCUUUCCUGGCGGGGACCAUGAUCCAAGGACUUCUUGUGCUGAAUGAUCCUACCUACGUUUAUGAGCGAUGGCACGGAACUCUUCUUUACUGGGCUAUCCUUGCACUCGCACUGGUGGUCAAUAUCUGGGGCAUGCACAUCCUCCCACAGGUCGAGAAUGCAACCAUGAUUCUUCACGUUGGUCUCUUCAUCGUCCUGCUCGUCGCCAUAUGCGUGGUCUCGCCGACGAAGAACUCUGCCUCAUUUGUCUUUAGCGACUUCGAAAACGAAACGGGCUGGCAGAGCAAUGGCGUGGCAUGGUGCAUUGGCAUGCUGAGUUCUGCCUACGUUAUGGUCGGCUACGACGGGGCGACUCAUUUGAGCGAAGAGAUGACCGAUCCAGCAAUCGGCGUCCCUCGGGCUAUGAUCGGCUCUCUUGUCAUCAACGGAACAAUGGGCUUCGCAUUUCUGUUGGCUGUACUCUUCUGCAUGGGCGACAUUGCUUCCGCUUACGAGACCGCUACGGGGUUUCCGAUUAUUCAGAUGUUCUACACUAUCACGGGCAGCUUGAGCGCUGCGACCGCAAUGUCGACGGCCGUGGUCCUCAUGGCCACGCUUGCCACUAUUCCCCUGGUCGUCUCUGCGGCUCGGACACUAUGGGCACUCGCGCGAGACAACGCGUUCCCGUUCGCUCGCUUCCUUUCACGCGUCGACGAGAAGCGAGGAAUUCCAACGUUGGCAAUCAUCACGACCACGCUCUUUCUUGCGCUGCUCGGACUUCUCAACAUUGCAGCCACUACUGCCUUCAAUGCCAUCUUGUCGCUCUUCGUCGUGGGGCUCUACCUUUCAUAUCUGCUGCCUGUCCUCGCCAUCCUGUGGCGUCGGAUCAGCAGGCCGCAGACAUUGGUGUAUGGGCCCUUCAAGCUCGGCAGGUUUGGCACCUUUCUCAACAUUGUCUCCGCCUUGUAGACGCUCUUCUGCUGCGUGUUUCUCCUUUUCCCUCCCUAUCGGCCAGUCACCGCUCACAACUUCAACUAUGCCUCUGUUGUCCUCGGUGGAGUUUUCAUGUUGAGUGUGGUCUACUGGUUCUUGCGAGGAAGGAAGGUAUAUACAGGCCUGGUGAUCGAGACUUUGGGACGCUCGG